AUGACCACUCUCAGUGCCAAAGUCAAGAGCGUGGUGUCAGGCGACACACUUGUCCUAACAAAUGCCAAAGGCCAAGAACGCACUCUUUCCCUCGCUUACAUUUCUGCGCCAAGGUUAAAGAGAGAAGGCGACGAGCCAUUUGCAUUCCAAUCUCGAGAGUACCUACGUUCACAGCUGCUAGGCAAGCCUGUACAAUUCCAGGUCCUAUAUGCUAUUCCUACCACGAAACGAGAGUAUGGAAGGAUCGUUGUACCUAAUGGUCCAACUUUGCCAGAGGACAUCGUUGCUGAGGGAUGGGCAAAGGUCAGGGAAGAGGCUGGAAGGAAGGAGGAGGACGAAGCGACCUUAGCUUACCUCGACAAGCUGAGAGCUGCUGAAGGGGAUGCCAAAACUGCUGGAAAAGGUCUCUGGGGGAAAGGUGGUCAGAUCGAGUCCGUUUCAGAUCUGUCAGAUCCGAAUAGCCUGGUGCAACAGUACAAAGGAAAGAAGAUUGACACUAUUGUCGAACGAGUCCUCACUGGUGAUAGGCUGAUAGCACGACUUCUUCUUUCUCCCACGAAACAUGUUCAAACCAUGGUCGUGCUAGCUGGUGUCAGAGCUCCAGCUACCGCAAGAACCACUCCAGAUGGCAAGAGUGUUCCUGCUGAGGAGUAUGGUAGCGAGGCACAUCAGUUCGUGGAAGCAAGACUACACCAGAGGAAAGUGACUACUCAAUUGAUUGGUGUCACGUCGCAAAACCAAUUGAUUGGUGUCGUCCUGCACCCCAUGGGCAAUAUUUCACACUUUCUAUUGCAGGAAGGUCUGGCAAGGGCAAAUGAUCAACAUGUCACUCUACUCGGCAAUGAGAUGCAACAGAUACGGCAGGCUGAAAAGUCUGCCCAGAAUGCACGAAAGGGAAUCCAUACUGGUGCCACUGCUUCAGCAUCGUCUGGUCCGCUAGAAGCCGAUCUGACGGCCAGCCGUGUUUUGAACGCCGAGACGGUUUUUCUACGUACACGGUCUGGUGACGAAAGGAAGGUCACCUUAUCGAGUAUCCGUCAGCCAAAACCCUCGGAUCCGAAACAAGCUCCAUUUGGCGCAGAUGCAAAGGAGUUCCUACGAAAGAAACUGAUUGGAAAGCAUGUGAAGGUGAGUAUUGAUGGCAUGAAGCCACCAUCCGAGGGAUUCGAGGAGCGCGAAGUUGCGACACUGAGUCUGAACGGGAAAAACGUGGCUCUCAUGCUCGUAGAAGCAGGUUAUGCUUCCGUGAUCAGGCAUCGUAAAGACGACACAGACAGAAGUCCUGACUAUGAUCCAUUGCUGCUCGCUGAACAAGCUGCACAAGAAGCAGAAAAAGGCAUGUGGUCCGAAAAACCACCAGCCGCCAAGCAAUAUCAGGACUAUUCUGAGAGUCUGCAAAAAGCGAAGAUGGAGGCUUCAGUACUGCAACGUCAAAAGAAGGUACCCGCAGUUGUUGAUUACGUUCGAGCAGGCUCAAGAUUUGUGGUACUUGUUCCUCGAGAGAACGCAAAACUGAGCUUUAUUUUGUCCGGUAUCCGCUGUCCGAAACCGUCAAGACAAUCGGGUGAGAAAGCCGAACCAUUUGGUCAAGAGGCACUCGAGUUCGCUACACGACGUUGCAUGCAGAGGGACGUUGAGAUCGAUGUAGAAGACCUGGACAAGUUAGGAGGUUUCAUCGGUACCAUGUACGUUGGUCGAGAGAGCUUCUCCAAAGCCUUGGUCGAAGAAGGUCUUGCCGAAGUACACCAGUAUUCUGCUGAGAAGCUCGGCCACGCCAAUGAACUGAAUGCAGCUGAACAAAGAGCGAAAGAAGCUCGGAAAGGGAUGUGGAAAGAUUGGGAUCCCAGCCAGGAUGCCAAAGAGGACGAAGCUCCAAUUCCCACUGACACGAAAGGCACCAAUGGCCAUGCAGCAGAGAGUCGCCGAAAGGACUACCGUGAUGUUAUGGUUACUCAUGUCACUGAAGAAGGCAAACUCAUGCUUCAGCAGAUAGGGACAAGUUCUACGGGGGCAUUGGACGAACUGAUGCAGUCUUUCGCCUCUUUCCACCUCAAUAAAGCUAAUGCUACAGCUUUAUCUGGUCCUCCAAAAGUCGGCGACAUUGUAGCCGCACAAUUCUCAGCCGAUAAGUCUUGGUAUCGCGCUCGCAUACGACGUGUCGACCGAGAUGCUAAGAAGGCAGACAUUGUCUACAUCGACUAUGGCAACAGCGAGACACUGCCCUGGUCAUCCAUGCGACCUCUAACUCAACCACAGUUCUCCACUCAGAAGCUUAGAGGUCAAGCGACUCCUGCUAGCCUAUCAUUUAUCCAACUGCCUAUGGCACCACAAUAUCUACGCGACACGAUAGACUAUCUGUUCGAAAGUACUGAGGGAAGACAGCUUGUGGCUAAUGUCGACUCCGCAGACCAAGAUGGUACUCUGCACGUUACGCUAUUGGACCCCAAGGCUCCAGGAAUAGAUCAAAGUAUCAACGCGGAUCUAGUUAGGGAAGGUCUGGCUCAUGUGCCUAACAAAUUGAAAGCCUGGGAGAGAGCUGCUGCCGAUACAAUAGCUAACUUGAAGAAGCUGCAGCAGGAGGCUAGCGAGGGCAGACGAGGCAUGUUUGAGUUUGGAGACCUAAUAUCAGAUGAGUAG